GUAGCAACCAAUAGUCUUUGUGCAAGGGUGGGACCGCGCAAACCCCUUUCCGCCCGUAUUAUACCAAUCAUUUUCCUUGAACCCUAUGUGAUUGGCAGGCACUCAGACCAGUAGUGAUUAAAAAGCCUUAAAGCCUGCCCAAUUAUCGUGGGCAGGAGGCGGUUUCUCGUUUGUUGGGGUGUGUGUAUGUGUGUUUGGGUGUACUGAGGGGGUACGCGGGGGCGAAAUAGAAUCGGCCAUGGCCGCAGCAGAGGAGGAGGACGGGGGCCCCGAAGGGCCAAACCGCGAGCGGGGCGGGGCAGGCGCGACCUUCGAAUGUAAUAUAUGUCUGGAGACUGCUCGGGAAGCUGUGGUCAGUGUGUGUGGCCACCUGUACUGUUGGCCCUGUCUUCAUCAGUGGCUGGAGACACGACCUGAGCGGCAAGAGUGCCCAGUGUGUAAAGCUGGGAUCAGCAGAGAGAAGGUUGUCCCACUUUAUGGGCGAGGGAGCCAGAAGCCCCAGGAUCCCAGACUGAAAACUCCACCCCGCCCUCAGGGCCAGCGACCAGCUCCAGAGAGCAGAGGGGGAUUCCAGCCAUUUGGUGAUACUGGAGGCUUUCACUUCUCAUUUGGUGUUGGUGCUUUUCCCUUUGGCUUUUUCACCACCGUCUUCAAUACCCAUGAGCCUUUCCGUCGAGGCACAGGUGUGGAUCUGGGACAGGGCCGCACGGCCUCCAGCUGGCAGGACUCCCUCUUUCUGUUUCUCGCCAUCUUCUUCUUUAUCUGGCUGCUCAGUAUUUGAGCUGUGCCUCCUUCCUGCCCACCUCCAGCCAGAGGAGAAUCAGUAUUGGGGGUCCCUCCUGACCCUCCUUACUCCUGGACCCCUUUCCCCCAGCCCCUCCACUUCUGUUGCCUAAGGCCCAACCAGCCACUCUCAAGGAGGGCACAGGGAGGAAAAGUGGUAUCUGGACACAGGAUGGGAGAGCCUUCUGCUCUGAACUGCUCACUCAUUCUAACUCCUGGCCCUGAGGAAGGCAGACAGACUGAGGAGAAUGUCUGUUUAUCCUCUCUCCUAACCCUUUGCUUUCCCCCAGAUUUCUAGAUUUCAUGCUGAAAGGUGAGCAGGGUUCCUUCUGACUCUCUCCCACUCCCCACUUGUUAAUUUAAUUUUUCUCUCCCCAGUGUUUAGUAUGGGUUCUGACUCUAAAUGCUUCCUCCCACUCACGACCUCCUUUAUUACAAAUUAAAUAAAAAAAGGUGAAAUGUA